AACAAACAUCAAGAUUCAGAACAUGAUUGUAUGACAGACCAUAAAUGCCAUUCACCUUGCGACUUUGUGGAGGAUCAUGCUGAAGACAAUGAAUUACCACUAUGCCAUCAUCCCGCUGGACAUGCAGGAAAACACGUUUGUAUAUUAAAUCACACUUGCACUCAUGAAUGCAAGUACAGUGCAAAGAAGGGUUGCCUUAAAAGAUGUGCAGGAGAAGAUAGCCAUGAAGGCGAUCAUUUAUGUCAGGCAAAACAACAUUUCUGCGGUAAAAAAUGUUCUUUAUCAGCUUCAAAGUUAUAUAAAUGUACGGGACUUUGUGUGACUCCUUGUGAAGAAGAUCAUGAACGACAUAAAUGCGAAUCUCGAGGUUGUCCCAUUGUCUGUUGUAUGGACGGGUGCAAAAGACUGUGUCAGAGUCUUGAUCACCUCCAUGCUCUUGAAGCAGGCUCGCGGGAAGAUCAUAUGUGUGGCCACGAACAUCCAUGUAAUAAUAAAUGUGAGAAGUUAGGAAUCUGUAAGGUGGACACUACAAGGGAAACGAAAACAUACAAAAAUAGUUUUGGAGAGUUUCCUUACGAAGAGCGCUCACAAGAAGAAAGGAGGCUCGAUUGUGAUCUUAUGAUUCCGCCAAACAGACUAAGUCACGAUGGUUUUCACGAAUGUAAGGAUGACCAUAGGUGUACGAAACGAUGUCCUUACUGCGAAUUUUAUUGUAAUAACAAAUAUGGACACCAUGGACCACAUGAGACUGCUCACGGUAGCAUGAAGCCAAUGGUUUGGGUUGGAAUUACUAAAAAUAUCAGUUAUAAGAAACAUACGUUUAAAAGUGGGGAUUCAGGGAACCCUGUAUAUUGCGACAUGCUGUGCAAAGAUGCCGAUCGUCAUCUUCAUGUCGAUUAUUGUCCCGACGAAGUGACAUGUAAAGCUUCGGAAUUAGCGAAGCGGAAGGAUCAAAUUGAGCACAUUAAAGAUAAAAUUGAACCAUACCCAGAAAUGGCCAAAGACUAUAUUUCACAUCGUCUAUAUUGGAGUCGAUCAGGUUUCCGAGAUCCCUAUGAGUCAGUCGACGAACAGAAACUCUUUGCAAGUUGUGUACAUCUUUGUGGCAGCGAUGUGCAUGCUAACAAGGAGAAAUACUACUGCACAUUGCCAUUAUUUCAUGAUCCUGUUGACCCUAACACACAGGUGGCGAAUGGUCAUAUCUCGAAGGACGGUCAUCAAUUUGAGUGUUCGCAUUAUGGUUCAUAUCAUAUCGUCUUCGUUAUCGAUAAAUCUGGGUCGAUGUCUUCCACCGAUAUAACGCCUGACGAUAAAACCGGAUCUCACAAAAUUAUUCAAAACCAUAAUAAUCGGCUUGGUGCGGUCUAUGAAUGCGUGAAGCAAUUUGUCGGGACACGAUGUGGAAUAAACGGGACAAAUCAGAUUGAUGACGAUAUAAUGUCAUUUGUACUGUUUGACAAUGAACCGAAUAUAGUCAUGCAGAACCGAAAAUUUGACUACAACGAUAGUUUAAUUGAUGAACUAUGUAACCAUAGGGCCAACGGUGGUACUGAUUAUGUUAAAGCUAUUAAUACGGCUGGAAGCCUUAUUCAGAGAUACAAGAAACAGGCCAGAGUGAAUUUGAUUAUAUUCUUGUCCGAUGGUCUUUGUAACGUACCAAAAGCGGAACUCGAACAGAUUU